CUGUAGAACUUUACCAAACGCAGCAGGCGUCAUGCUCCUCUGUUAGCACACAACAAGCUGGUCCCAACGAUUUGUACAGGGUGUACACAUCUGGAACAAUAAGCGCCUGUCUAUGGGUGUCUUCGACUCCGAAAAACAUUACUGACGCCAUAGCCGAUUGCAGUGCUAUGGGAUCUACUCUCAUGUCCGUCAAAUACCUAGAGAAACUGGACAUCUUAAAGACGUAUGUUACGUCCAGUGUCUACGUCGGUCUUGACGACACGGUCAAGGAGGGAACUUUCAUCUGGCACGAUGACGGAACAGUCUUGAACAGGGAACUGAUGCUUCAGAUCUUCAACUCAGGUGAACCAAAUAAUAGCAACGGCAAAGAAGACUGCGUGAAUUACGACAUCGGAUCGAAGCUCUUCAACGACAUUGAUUGUUCUGAGUUACGUAACUACGUGUGCGAAAAAUCGUGUUUUUCUUUUUAA